AUGGCCGACUUCUACGGGGUGUGGUCAUGUCGGGCUUCAGUACUGAGGAAACUUGAUGCCAUGCUAGAUGCUCGAAACGCGGCGAGGCAGCAAGAACUUCAAGCGGCAACAGACAUCAAGCGGGUUUAUCGAGGAAAGACCGUUCGGAACGAUCUCAACCGGAAGAGAGCGGCGAUGAUAAGGAUCGCCAGCGCCUACCGUGGCUAUCGGGGACGUGUUCGAACUCAACAAAUACUUGAGGAAAUGUUGGCGAGAGAAAGGAUGGCGGUGUACCACUACCAUGCGCUAGAAAUACAGGGGGCUUUCCGAGGGUAUCAGAGCCGCAAGUACAACUACAACCACGCCAGGAGGAAACGGUACCUUCAAGAGGUGGUGGACGCGGGUGAUGCCGUAAGGGCGGAGCUCCGAGAGCACGAGCAGGCUUUGCUGGAGGAGAGGGCGGCGAAUAAGGAAGUGGCCGACCAAGCGAAGCUUCAGGCAACCGCGCAAAACCUUCACCAUCUCGUGAGCACCAAGAGCAUAUCUGGGGUGUUCAACUCUCCGUACAUGAGAAACUCAGGCCGGAUGCCCACGAUCCGUGGGGUGGAGGUGGAGCAGCACCUAACCAUCAGCGCGAAAGAUUUGUUGAGAACCCGUGGGUACACGAAGCGAGGGCUGGAGGUGGACCUGAACGGGCAGCAGCGAAUACCCUUGAAGGGGCUUGAGAGUCGGCGGAGCGUACAAGCGCAGGACCCGUACGACCUGCCAAAGAAGGCCGCGGAUUUGGAAGACGCCCUCUCCAGGCUCAAAAGGGUUGGACCGCGCGAGUUCCAUGCGGGGAACCGGGUUGCGUUGGCUCCAUACCAGCGGGGCAUCAGCGGUGGGACGCAGUUUUUGGACCCUUGGCGCAAUCCUUUCCUCGUACGGGGCGUCCCCCGCGAUCAGGCGGAGAUGCAACGGCCCCUCAACGAGACGACGCUCGGCAAGUUCCCAGAAAAACCGUUCCACGUCUCGGUCGGUGGAAACAAGUCAACUGUGCUGCCCAACGGCAUCUUCGACGUUAUCUUGGAGGCCGAGCAGACGGGGGGAGUCGUGCGGACUCAAAACGGGAGAACACGGCGGUUUGGUAUUCCGGAUACGUGCGACGUGAACGACGAUGUGGUGCCAGGCUCGACGCUGUUCUUUCCUCCGUCUCCGCCAAAGCAGCGACCAAACCACCCUCUCGCUGGUACCGCAUAG